GUCAACCCACCCGCCGUCCUUCUCGCUACUCGAGGUCCAGCUCGGGUAGCCGAAGAGCCGUCCGGAUGGCCGGCAGAGAGGUCGGGGGAGUCCAGGGAGAGCCUUUCUCCUUGGAGGGGUCGAUGGCGAUCAGUUUCGACGACAUUGUCAUAUACUUCUCCCCGGACGAAUGGCGGUUGCUAACCAAGGACCAGAAGCAGCUGUACUGGGACAUGCUGGAGGAAAACUACCAGUCGCUUCUUUUCGUUGGUGGAAGAUGUCCUAUCAGCCCAGAAGAAGUCGUCUCCUGGGUUGAAAAUAACGAAUAUCUGAAAAUCUGCAUGUUGUCGAGAUUCUUAGGAGACCUUCCUCCUGGUAUCCUUUUUGUAGAUAAAAAGCAACCCCAAAUGGACAGAGACAGCUUUCCUGAGCAGGUGGGCCCUCUCAAGGCCAUCUGUAAAGAAGAGGAUACCUACUGUAGCGAUGUCGAGGGGCAUCCUUGUGUAUCGGCAACUGAACAGAGAAGCGUGCCCGAUUCUGGCGGACAGCUACGGACAGAAUCGAUGGAGUGGGCUUCAGGUGACGCGAGCACAGAGGACAUCAUACGGCCGUGCUACGUGUUGAUUGAGCUUCUGCCUGUAGUUUUGCCUGUCGUGGUGCCAGAAAAAUCCGCCGAGCUGCCGUCUCGCAACACGACGAUCCAGCCCCAGCAUGAUUUUGCCAUGAGUGCGGAAGACCUUGUGGAGGAAAUUCAGUUUGCGGAUGCCACUUGCGAUGAGAACUCCGUGGACGUAUGCUGUCAGGCUGUGGCGCCAGCUCUGGCACGGAGCACAAGGAAGGCGCAGGAUACUCGGCCGUCUCCCCUGGCAGCCCCCACCGAGGAGAGAAAACGCUACUUUUGUGCUUGGUGCAAAGAACCAUUCAAACUGCAGAUUAACUUGGAAGUGCAUUAUAGGUAUUGUCGUCAGAAGCAAAAUCAGCCCAGGCUUCUCUUGAAAGGCCUGAAGGUUCCCUCUGAGCUGGACGCAAGUGGGUCAGGCAGCACUGGGGACUCGGCGGAUUCUGUCCUCCUCCCACAAAAGCCUGCCCAAGGCCCAUCGUCCAACGAUGGCGAGAGGGCCUUCUCGGAUUGCAGACUAUGGCAACUUCAACAGAGACAGAGAGUGGUAAAGUACAAAGACAUGUUUGACGCCAGAAGGGGUACCACCGAGAGAGUGCGCAAAUUGGCGGCGACGACCUGUGCGAUGAAGAAGCUGUGGCGGUGUCUGGAAUGCGAGGAAAAGUUUGUGUACAAGUGGCAAUUCAUGGCUCACCUGCGAAGUUGCACGGAAAACGUGCCUGGGGAAAACCACCUGCCCCCAGAGUCCCAGGGCUUAGCCGCAAAGGGGCUCUCCGACAAUGAGGAAACACAAGAACCGUGUGUCGCACCGGUUCGGCGUCCGAGCACUUCUAAAGGCUCGACGCUAUAUCCAUGCGACAAAUGCGGCAAGAAUUUAAGCAAGUGUUACAUACCCACACACCGUGCCUUCCACGAGGGACAAAGGUACAAGUGUAUGUGGUGCGGGAAAGUCUUCAACUUUCGGAGCGCGGCAGUGAGGCACAAAAAACAGCACUACAAGCUUGAGGAAGACAUCAAGUGUCCCAACUGCGGGAAGCCAGCGGGCGACAAUGAUUGCUUUUGCAUGAUCAAAAAAAUCACUGUCGCUCCCGAUUCGGAUGGCGGGGAACAAUCCAGGCCGGAGGAGCCCAAGUAGCUUUUUUGCAAAAGACAGGCAGUUUUUUUUGUUUUUGACUGCUGCAGGUUCAAGAGAUACCGCAACAAGGGGUUUCAAACGCCACUCCUGCGUGAGAGGUUUGGAACUUCGCUCGGCCUCUCUGCCCAUCUGGAACACUAUGCAAAAUAUGCUUGUUCCAGAUGUUGUGAGAAAUGCCUUUUUCGUCAGCCCCUCGGCAGACACUGGGAAAUACACGUGAACUGUAUAUACAGCUGUACACCAGGAAGACACCACGAAUGAAGUUGCCUUUUAUUUGCUUCUCACUUGCACCCCGGAUCCCGAAGCAGCUUGAUAUGCUCUGCCUGUGGGCACCGGCUUGAGGAUGGAUAAUAGCCAUAAUGUACACCAGCAAUUUUACUUUGUGCCUUAGCUAGAUUUGUAAAUAUUCUGUGAUAAAUCUGGUAUGAUAGAAGGAACGAUGACGUACGGAUCUAUUUCACCAAUGUCUUAAGACAAUGUUUCUCCACCUGGACAGCUGGAAGAUGGGGUGGACUUCAAUUCCCAGAAUUCCCCUGCCAGCUAUGAAUUCUGGGAGUUGAAGUCCAGAACGGACUGUCCUCCAAUAGUCCAGUUGAGAAAUGUUGUUCUAAGAAAUCAAAAAUUAGGGGUGGCAAGGGUGUUUGGGACCUGACUCCAGCACAUGUGGACAACUUGACUUUUUUUCUUUCUUUUUUUUUAACCUCAGCCCACCCAAAUCCUUCUAUCCCUUCCCCAAAGCCUAAUUUAAGGUCCUCACCAUUUUGUGGCUAAUUUUGACUGAUUACUACACUACAACCCGUAAAAAAGUUGUAGGAAAAAAAAAGACAUUUUCAUGGCUGACUUCAAAAUAAUGUUCUUUAAUUUUGGAUGAAUUGCAAACAAAGAGAAGACUGUUUGCCAUGGUUCUGGAUGAAUUUGAAAUGCCAAUUCAUUGUAGCGUAAAUGUAAUUGUCAAUAAAAGCAUAGAUGGAAGUC